AUGUUCUAUUCCGAGACCUUGCUGUCCAAGACGGGCCCCUUGGCCCGCGUCUGGUUGUCAGCCAACCUGGAGCGCAAACUGUCCAAGUCGCAUAUCCUGCAGUCUGAUAUUGAAGGGAGUGUCAGCGCCAUCGUUGACCAGGGACAGGCCCCGAUGGCCCUGCGACUGAGUGGCCAGCUGCUUCUGGGUGUCGUGCGGAUCUACAGCCGCAAGGCGCGCUACCUCCUGGACGACUGCAAUGAAGCGCUGAUGAAGAUCAAAAUGGCGUUCCGCUUGACGAAUAACAACGAUCUGGCCACCACCGUGGUGGCCCCGGGUGGCAUCACCCUUCCCGACGUGCUGACUGAGUCCGAUUUGUUCAUGAACCUGGAUUCGUCCCUGCUGUUGCCGCAGUCUCUCAACCUAGAACCCGAGGGAAAGCGACCAGGCUCGUCGAUGGAUUUCGGUAGUCAGCUGCUGCCCGACUCGGGCCUUCGCCGUUCGGCCUCGCAGGAACCCGCGCGCCUCGAAGAUCACACUCUGGUCGACAUCGAUAUCGGAGAGGAUGAUACCCCCCUGGCCGUUGACUACAGCAUGGAAAUGGGUCGAGAUGCGCCGGCUCCCCGCCCCGUCGAAGAGGAUCUGUUCAGUGACGCGGGCAAAUUCAACGACGUCGACCUGCCGCUGGACCUGGGCGAGGACGAUGCCCCCCUCAAGAUGGACCUCGGCACCGAUGGCCUGCAAGACAACCCAUUGCUGGACGAUGCGAUGGAUCUCGGAAUGGAUGCGGAGCCGAUGCUUGACGGGCUGGACCACCACUCCGACGGCGACGACGAGAGUGUUAUGACCGAAAUGCCCGAGGAGGAGAUGACGAACAUGGAGCGGGAGGUUGCGCGCCAGGGCCAGGACGACGAGGACGUUCGCGAGGACGAAAUGGAAGAGGAGGAUGACGAGGAGGUUGUCGCCCAGGAAGCGCAACGCGCCAAACGACGGAAGGUGGUCCUCAUGGGCCUGGACGAGCACACCGACUACAACCGCAGCGAGAUGAAGGAGCUGCAGGCCGAUCGCACCAGCAUCCUGAAACCGGCAUCCUUCUUGCCCCGGGACCCCGUUCUCCUCACCCUGAUGAACAUGCAGAAGAAUGGCGACUUCGUGUCGAACGUGCUCGGUGGUGGCCGUGGCCGUGGCUGGGCCCCCGAGCUGCGCGAUCUGCUGUCCUUCGACGCCGUCAAGCAGGCCGGCGAGCUGAAGCGGAAGCGGGACAGCGGGAUCGCAGACAUGGACAUCCAGGCGGCCAACGCUCCCGCCCUGGACCUGGGCGAUGAAGAGGCUCUCGUCCCGGUGGACGAGGGUGUCGGCAUGGACUCGACGCUGCACCCGCGGUCGGAGAUUGAGUUCCCCGGAAACGAGGAGGACCGGGAACUGCAUCUGAGCGACGACGACGCCAUGGACCACGCCGGGGAAUCCUUCGACGACACCAUCCAACCGGCAGACAGCGGCCCGGUCUCCCUGGGCACCAAGCAUGCCGUGCACGUGCUGCGGGACCGCCUGGGAGAAUCCGCGGCGGACCAGAAGAAGAGCGUUAAGUUCCAGGACAUCCUCCCCGAGCAAAAGGCGUCCAAGGCGGAUGCCACCAAGAUGUUCUUCGAGGUUCUGGUGUUGGCGACCAAGGAUGCCGUCCAGGUGGACCAGCGUCCGGACAAGGUCGGCGGCCCGCUCAAGAUCCGCGGCAAGCGUGCUCUCUGGGGCGCCUGGGCCGAGGAGACUGGCAGCGGCGAGAACGAGUCGACCCAGGUGGUGUAG